UCUGUUGACUUCAAUCAGUUAUUGGUAUAUUUUGGACUCAAUAACAUGAAAUCUUUGUUGUUUGCCAUAUGUACUUUGGUGAACAUUAUGCCAUUACCAUGCAUGAAACCGAAGGUGAGCUACUCCUCUUAACCCACCACCAUUCAUGAAAUCCUUGGUUUUGAGGUAUCACAAUUGAAAAACAUGCAAUUUUUGUGACUGCAAGAUUUGGAUUGUAAAAAUAUGAGCUCAUCGGAAUAGUGUAGUGCUAGGUUUUCUGAAAUGCUCCAUUGAAAAGAAUCUCCUGCAAAACUUAAUGCAGAAAUGCCCUUUCUGUAUGCUUUUUUUCUAUUCAUCGACAGGGUUAUGUGAUGAUGUGUACACAGCAGAAAGUGAAUUGCUGAUAUUUAUUACCUAUUCCUGGAUGCUUCCAUCUCCUCUUGACAUAGUUUUUCAUUUGAGUUUCUUAAUAAACAUUUUCCCUAAUGAUUUUAACCAUGGAUUAAGCAAUUGAUAUGAAAUUUUAUCUGCCACAAAUUCAUUGAAACUUUAAUUUCCAUGCACCCAAAGGGACAAUCUUCUAGAUAAGUCCAUGUCAAGAUAUAUCAGUUAAAGCAAAGGGAAAAACGAAAAGGAGAUUUGGUAGUAGUUUGAAAAAGACUACUGCAUGGAAGGCUAGGUGAGUUUAUCUGCUUGGUGUAGACUGGUAAAACAAAGACUACUUCAUCUGAUAGAAAAAAAAACCAAGAAAAACAAAGACUAAUUCAAGGACUAUUAUCUAUAAAUUAGCAUGUUUCCAUGCAAGAUUUCUCACCUCUCACCCAAGGACACAGAUAUUGAUUGUUAGAGAGGGUCUAACAAUGAUGAAAGGUGUUUGUUUCCUUGUAACUGUUGCCCUCUUGGCUUUGGCUUCCUCUCUUGCCUCUGCCUCUGACCCUAGCCCACUGCAGGACAUUUGUGUUGCAAUUAGUGACCCCAAGGAUGGUGUGUUCGUGAAUGGAAAGUUCUGCAAGGAUCCAAAGCUUGCUUCAGCUGAUGAUUUUUUCUACUAUGGGCUCCACAUUCCAGGAAACAUAACGAACCCAGUUGGCUCAAUGGUCACUCCUGUAAAUGUUGAACAAAUACCAGGACUUAACACCCUUGGCAUAUCCAUGGUUCGUAUUGAUUAUACACCAUACGGUCAAAACCCUCCUCACACACACCCUCGUGCUACCGAGAUCCUAGUUGUCUUGGAGGGAACCCUCUUAGUUGGCUUUGUCACAUCCAACAACGAAAACGGCCUCAUCAGCAAAGUCCUUUACAAGGGUGAUGUUUUUGUGUUUCCAAUCGGUCUCAUUCACUUCCAAUUCAAUGUUGGGAAGACUAAUGCGGUUGCCUUUGCUGGUCUGAGUAGCCAAAAUCCAGGUGUUAUCACCAUAGCAAAUGCAGUCUUUGGAUCAGAUCCACCCAUCGAUCCUGAUGUUCUCACCAGGGCCUUCCAACUUGACGAGGAUGUGGUCAAGGACCUCCAAUCCCGCUUCUGGUGGGACAACAACUAAAAGAAUAUUUAGUUGAGCAAGUGAUGAACUAUUUGCUUGUUUUAAGUAACCUUUUGUAAUGCUCCCUCAGCAUAAUGGUAGUACAAUAAGAGGGUUUAUUAUGUACUUCUUUCUAUAUGGACUUUGGGUAUAAUAAAAACAAUGCUCUCUCUCUCUC